CCCACUUUGUAUUCACCUUUCUCUUCGAAUUUUCUGGCGCACAUUCACAAAAAUCACAAAGAAGAGCAAGUGAUAUACACAGAGAAAAGCUACUACUCUACUCAGUAAUAAUGCUUACAGGGGACAUACCACCAAAUCAAACUAUUUACAUUAAGAACUUAAACGAAAAGGUCAAGAAAGAAGAGCUAAAGAGGUCUCUUUAUUGUUUGUUCUCGCAGUAUGGGAGGAUUGUAGACAUAGUAGCUCUGAAGACUCCCAAACUUAGGGGACAAGCAUGGGUUGUGUUUAGUGAAGUUACAGCUGCCAGUCAUGCUGUGAGGCAAAUGCAAAACUUCCCAUUUUACGACAAACCAAUGCGUAUACAAUAUGCUAAAUCAAAGUCAGAUUGUAUUGCUAAGGCAGAGGGGACCUAUGACAAGAAAAAGAAACAAGAUGAAAAAGUGGAGAAAAGGAAACGCGCUGAAGAAACUCCGCAAACUGGUGCAGCUAAUGGCCCAAGAGCUGACAGUAACGGCGGUCCAGCUGCUGCAUCUCGACAAGGAAAGCCAAGUGCACAAGAUGUUGCAGAACCAAACAAUAUUCUCUUUAUACAGAAUCUGCCCCACGAGACAACAAGUAUGAUGCUUGAAGUGCUCUUCAAACAGUAUCCUGGCUUUAGGGAAGUUCGAAUGAUUGAAGCGAAACCAGGUAUUGCAUUCGUGGAAUUUGACGAUGAUGUCCAGUCUUCAGUCGCCAUGCAGGCCCUUCAAGGCUUCAAAAUCACCCCCCAAAAUCCCAUGGCUAUCACCUAUGCCAAGAAAUGAGCAGUCUUAGUUCCAGUACAUGCUGGGAUUAUCUAUUCACCCCUUGAUGUAGAAGGCACAUGUAUUAUAUACACUUGAGCAGGCUUCUUUUUGGGUCUAUGUAGCCAACUAAAGAUGUUUUGCUAUUUGUAUUGUUUUAAACAAAUUUGAUUUUAUGUACUAGUGCUGCUGAAUCCUAAGUAAAGAGGUUUGAUUGAACCUGCAUGGGUUUAA